AUGUCGACUCUGAUUGAGAACCUGGCUCUCUCUAAAGAUCAUCACCCUAGUAAACCUUUGCCAGAGAAUCCAGAAGAAUUCACCAGUGCAGCCACUGCAGACCCCAGAGCCCGGCUACAGGCCCACAUAAACGGUCACUCUGUGGCCUUCAGCAGAUCCACAUGCCAACGCAGCACUGAGCGGGGAAAGCAAGGCCCCAGGGAGAAGCGGCAGGCCCACCUUGACACGGGCUGCCCGACGGAGCAGCUAAGGCUGGAGCCCAGCGCUUCCCUCGCUAGUGGGGCCGCACAGGGUAGUGGGAAGAGCAUGGACCACCUGCCUGGGCUGGCGUCCCGCCUCCGCCUCCGCCGUCGGCCGGCGCCGCACUUGGGCCGCUCGCUCAGCCUUCCUGUGCCCGCCUCCCUGUCGAACCGUGAGGGUUCGGCCUCUUGGCAAGGGGCUCUGCAUCUCACGGCCCUGAGCCUUCCCGGCGGCAGGAAGUCUAGCUUCAGCUCUCCACAAACAAAACACCAAGUAAAAUACUCUCUCGUCACAGAACGGAAAACGCGGGUCGACCUGACUGCAAGGGCGGCCGGCCUCGCCCCGAGCCUGCUGGGGCUUGCGGCGGACGAGGAGAAGUGUCGGCACAUCCGCAGGCAGUACCGGCAGCUCAUCUACACGGUCCAGCAGAACCGGGAGGACAUCGUGAACACGCCCAACGACUCGCUGACCGAGGCCCUCGAGGAGGCCAACGUCCUGUUCGACGAGGUGAGCCGCACGAGGGAGGCGGCGCUCGACGCCCAGUUCCUGGUGUUGGCUUCCGACCUGGGGAAGGAGAAGGCGAAGCAGUUGAACUCCGACGUGAGCCUCUUCAAUCAGUCGGCGUUCUGUGACCUUCUGUUUACGUUCGUGGGUCUGAACUGGAUGGAAGACGAGCGCGGGGAGCUGAGUGGCUUUGAUGAUAAGGUCGUGCUUUCCUUCUGGGAGAGGAUGCAGAAGGAAGCGGCGGCCUGGAUGUUGCAGGCCGAGACAUUCCGCUUCAUGCUUGGCUCGUUCAAGGCCGAACCUUGCGCGCGGAGACCCCGACACCCGAAGAAAGUUCGCAAGGCAGAAGAAAAUGGGAGCAUGCCCACGAAGCUGAGGAAGUUGGACCUGAGUAGUAAUGCCGAAGCCACGGAAAAGGAAGUAGAAAGAAUUUUGGGAUUGUUGCAAACCUGCUUUCAAAAGUAUCCUGAUAGUCCUGUGUCCUACUUUGAGUUUGUGAUCGAUCCUAAUUCUUUCUCUCGUACUGUGGAGAAUAUAUUUUAUGUUUCUUUCAUUAUAAGAGAUGGCUUUGCAAGAAUAAGGCUUGACCAAGACAGGCUGCCAAUAUUGGAGCCCACUACUACUAACCAAGUGGAUGAGGGAAACGAUCCUGGUUUCUAUGACAGGAAGCAAGGAAUUAUAUCUUUGACUUUACAGGACUGGAAAAAUAUUGUGGCAACUUUUGAAAUUUCAGAGGCUAUGAUCUCAAACACAUACUAGAGAUGUCUUUUUAGUGUAGGAUCCGUUUUGUGGUUGUUUUAAAGUCAUCUCAAAAUGGAGAGUGACAGCUAAACAGAAGCACAUAUUGUAUCCCUUGUAAAGUGAAAAAGUAUUUUUCAAGAAUAUCAGAAGUGGUUUUACUGUGCUGUAUAUUUUUUUGGUAAUUUAUAAGUUCAUAAUCUUCUGUUAUGAAAAAGAAUUACUGGUAUAUGUUAUGUUUAUGAGAAAGUUUUUUGAAUGCCCUUUAAGACUAGUAAUAAAAACAAGUUUUGACUACCA